CUUCUAUGCGAAUUCAUUGAAUUUAUGCAUAAAUUUUAUUUAGAUUAAUGCUCACGAAACGUACAUAAUUACACACAUUUAAUCUUGAUAACCCCUAACCUACAAUAGCAUUAGAAUCGCAGAGCAUGCAACACUUAUUCAUCAGAUUCGACUUAUCAGCUUUUUAUAGACGGAACGAAUCAUCGCAGUCUUUUCUAACUUUAGCGACCAGUCUCCAUAUAUUUAGCGCUUUUCCGAGAUUUAGUAUACAAGCUUACAUCGUAAAGUAAAGUGAAUAACGGUAUGCUUAAAGGCACACUAUGGACGAGUAUAUUAAUUCAGUUUUGGAUUACCACCACUACUACAUUUGCAGAGAGUGAACGUAGUGAUCCGACAACAUUACGCAAACGCAAUGAGAUGCCGAGAUGCAUGAAUUUACAUGCAAAUCCGUGCUGGGACUUUUAUGAAUUUGCCUGCGGCAGUUGGGAACAACCAUACGUGCAUACAAGACACCAACAGCCGAUUAUGGAGAACAUGGAAAUCUAUUUACGCACCAAAGUAGAUCACGAUUUGCGUAAUAUGCUGCAGGAGCAAACCAAAUUGGAGGACGGCUCGAACGGACGUAAACUGAAAGACUUUUAUAUAUCCUGUACAACGUCAGAACGCAAUAGUGUCGCUCAACAGGAAUAUUUUAGUAUAUUUAUCGAAAAACAUGGCGGCUUUCCAGCAGUGCCGGGCUCCGAUUGGUAUAUACAAAGCCACAACUACAAUUGGCAGGAUGUUGUGGGCACUUUGCGCUUCCAGUACGGUAUAAACAUUUUGGUUGGUGUCAAAAUCGAUGUCAACUAUUUAUACCCAUUUGAGGAUAGCGUUUAUUUAGGCGAACCAGACACAUUCAUACCGCCGGAACUGUGUAGUGAAGAGAGUACAAAUAGGACCAAUUUGAAUGAAGAAGUAUUCAGAGUGAUUGAAAAUGAAGUGGCUGAAAACCUAAACCAAUGGCUAACGCUCGAUAUGGAGCAAGCACAAAGGGUAGCUGCUGAAUUGGUGGCAUUUGAGUACCAACUUUGUACUGGUAUUAAAAGGCAAGGCACAAAUCAACUGAGCUUCGGUAACAAUAAGUACAAUAGUGAUAUACGCAAAACACUCUUAGACUUCACACACCAAUUCGAGAACAAAAUAGAUUUUAUCGCCGCCACCUAUGGUUCGCAGAUACAAAAGCCUGUCUUUAUGGCCGACGCGGGUUACUUUAGACAACUCAUCAAGACGUUAGCGUCGACCAAUAUAACAACUAUCGCCAAUUAUAUUAUGUAUCAAGCAUUGUUAGCGUUGAGUUUUCCAAACCAUGAUCAGUCAGGUAAUCGUGCAAUGUUCUGCUUAGAAAAGGCAAAACGUUACUUCCCAAAGGUACUGGGCGAGAUGUACAAACGGAAUUAUGUGCAUGUCGAGACCAGAGAUGAUGUGCUCAAUAUGUUCGAUAAAUUGAAGGAAUCCUUUCGUUUGAGCUUACAAAAACCAUGGAUCAAAGACUACACUCGCCGCAUUGCUGAGAGUAAAUUGGCGGAGAUGCGUCUGCUCUUUCCCAUUUAUGCCAGAAUGGAGCCUACCAGUAUAAGCAUCAAUCGCACAAAUUACUGGGAUAAUUUAGAUGUACUCAUGAAGGACCGACAAGAGGCACAAUUUCAACGGAUUUUUCCACCGCCUCGUCCUAAUCUCUACGAUCAAGUUGAAUCGUAUGAAACAGGCAUUUUUUACAGACCACAACAUACACGCUUCGAAAUGGGUUGGGGUCUACUACAGGAGCCGCUCUAUCACACACAUUAUCCGAACGCUAUGCGCUACGCUGUAAUCGGCCAGAAGCUCUCCCAUUUGCUAGCCAGCGCUUUUGAUGACAUCUCGUGGACAACAACGACGCAGGGUGCACUUAAUUGGGAUGAGACUACUGCGUGGGAAUAUCGAAAUCGUAGUGAAUGCUUUCGACAACAAAUCAGCAACUACUUGUAUAAUGAUCCUACAUUAUUUUCGAAUGUCACUUUACUACGUCAAAUAGUUGCGCAAAGCGCUGGUCUUAAUGUCGCCUUCAAUGCUUAUCUAAAUUGGCUGGCAUUUCUACAGCCCACCGAGGAUUUCGCGGUGCUGUCGAAGGAAACUCUACCCGAGUUUAACUUUACCAAUACACAACUGUUUUUUAUUGCCUUUGCACAGAUGCAAUGUAGCGCAGCCGGCACGGUGGGGAGGAAGUCCAGCACUAAGGGUACAGCACGCACACUCAGUCCACGCGAAGGGCAUACGAUCGAACGAUUUAUGGUUAAUGGUGCGUUGAGGAAUUUCAUCGAGUUCUCACGUGAUUUCGGUUGUGCGAUUGGCAUGGAAAUGAACCCGCCGGAUAAGUGUGUUAUUUACUAUAUUCAUAUUCACGAAGAGUACAGAGAAGCAGCGCUGAAAACGCAGUUUCAGAAGCAAGAUUAUUUUUCUGCUCCUGUAUUUCAGUUUCGAUUCCAACUUCAUAACGGCAAAAUGCAAAAAGUCUGUACGCGAAGACUGCAUUUAGUGAACGCUUUAAUCUGCAUACUCGUGCUUAGUUGCGUGGUGGCGCGAAUUGCUGCGGAACGAGGUGCAAAAGAACAAAUCAUGCGCAAUGCCAAAGCAGCAGAAGUACUCAAAUAUAUGAAACUCACAGCUGAUCCGUGCAACAAUUUUUAUGAGUAUGCCUGUGGCAACUGGCCGUUGUAUCAGCAAACAUUGGAGCGUGACAGUGCGCCGAUAUCCGUGAGAACGCAGCUAAUACAGCGCGUACGUAAGGAUGUGCAAUUACUAUUGGACACCGGUACACGCAUCAAAGGCAGAACCAACAUGAGUGAGCGUAAAGUUAAGGAAUUCUAUAUGUCUUGUUUAAAUGUAGAACGCUCUUCGGCACAGCCUUUUCUCAUGAAUUUCAUAAAAGAAUAUCAUGGUAUGCCCUUACUGGCGGGCACUAAUUGGAAUAUAAAUUACGAUUGGGUGCAAGUGGUAGCACGUUUGAGACUUAAUUAUGGUUUUGAUUUCCUCAUUGGCAUGGAGGUGGAGAACAACGCUCAGUCCCUGCCGGGCAGAGCUGUCAUAUAUUUCACGGAACCGCGCACGACUCUAAUACCACGACAUUUAUGCAGUGCCGGUGCAAUGGUGGAUGCAGAAGCGCGUGACAAGGUCUCCGUAGAACUGCAGAGUGAAAUCUCAAAGGAUUUACAGCAGUGGUUUUCAUUAAGAGAGGAUGAAACUGAACGUGUUGCUGGUGAUAUUAUACGUUUCGAAUUUGAGUUGUGUCGUUAUAUGAGAGAGGAAGAGUCGUUGCCACCGGCUGAGGAUAAUAAAGUUGAAGAAGAGGUAACUGUCUACGAGGGUCGCAAUUUGGCACUUCUAUCUAAAAAAUAUGGCAAUUUCAUCAAUUUUAGAAAAUAUUUAGAAACUAGUCUGAAUUCUACAGUAGCAAACUCGGAGAUCGUUAUGAAAUCCGAGCGCUACUAUCAGCACUUGGCGCAUAUUUCCCGUUCAAAUCCCAAACCGACACUCACCAAUUACAUAAUGUACCGUGCGCUGAGCGUAAUCAAUUUUCCACGCAACGAAACCAGCAACCCAAGGGCGGGCUACUGUGCUGAACUAGCCAUGCGGUAUUUCCCUAAAGUCGUCGGUGAAAUGUAUAGAAAUAAAUAUCAACGGAGCGAGAUAAGAAGUGAUACCGAACAACUUUUCGGCGCAAUUAAGCAGACAUUAGGCGAGGCCUUGAACGUGGAUGGUUUGCCUGAGAAUGCACGAAAUGUUUUCCGAAACAAGCUGUUGGCAUAUGAAGCGCUACUCUUCCCCACAUACAAGGGCAAUAUUAAUUUACGUGACCUGCCGCUGGAAAAGGUAAAUUUCUGGCAUAAACAAGAUAUUGCCAUGAAAUAUAAAGGCUACAAGGAGCGUCAACGGUUUUAUGGCGGUGACCCUGAGUUCGAGGAGAGUAUCAUUGAAGCGCCGGAUGUUGAUAUGAAACUGAUAGAAAAUGGCGUCCUUACUGGCUGGGGCUUGCUACAACCGCCUUUCUAUGACUACACGUACGCGAACUCAUUGAAGUAUGCGCUACUCGGACCACUUAUCGCGCGUGAACUGGUCGGUGCUGUAAUACCCGAAGGUGAUGAGACGGAGCUUACACGUGACGGAAUGGUUGUGGAAUAUUUUGAAAAUAUUACCGAAUGCUAUCGCAUGCAGUAUAGCAAUUAUUUAUACAAUAUACCAAAUGCAUUCUACAAUGUUACCAAACUACGCGAACUCAUGACAGACAGCGCUGGUUUAAAUGUGGCCUUCAAGUCCUAUCUAGAUUGGCUAGGAUCGGUGGAUCCGACUAGUCGACCAACAUUAAUGCGUGAAACCCUUCCGGGUGUGGACUUCACGAAUACUCAACUGUUCUUCAUCAUUUUUGCGCAAUCACGAUGUUACGCCAAAUACAUGGAGGAGCCGCCACCGACAUUUCUGCCUCUGGAUACGCACACGGAAGAAUUGUUCAACAUAAAUGGUGUACUCGCCAAUAAUGUGGAAUUCGCGCGGGAAUUUAACUGUGCACUGGGCUCAGAGAUAAAUCCAGACGACAAGUGUGUGGUGUAUUGAGUACUAUCUAUUGUUAAUAGAUACUGUUUAGUUUUGUUUGUUUUAGGUUUGUUCUAAAAAAUAUUGAAAAAUAAAUCUGUUU